AUGGAGCAUCUACCCCGUGGCGGGAAGCGAGCGCUGGAACAUAGGGAGGAUAUGGAGCUGAAGAGGUGUUUCAGCCCAUGCGACGUCGUUGAAGCGGUGGAAAAGAGACCGAGACAACAAGUUGCGGCCAACCAAGAGGCUGAGGAAAGGCGAACCGCCAAGUUCGUCAGGAGUAUUCGGUCGUCAGUGCUGAGGACGACUGGUAUGCCGGAGAAGACGAUCCUUACCUGUAUCGUCUUCAAGGAGACCGUGAUGAAACCUGAGAGGAAUGUGCCUGCGAAUCUGUUUGGCGUCAUUUUGGCGAUUUCUGAGUUGGCGAAAUCUGAUACAGCCGAGGAGAAUAGAGACAUUGUGGAUUCUCUGUCAUUCUUGGAGACGACUCAGACUUCUUUAAAUGCCGCCUUUGUUUUGAAAGUGAUAUUGUUCGCCGUCGUUAUCACCAUUCUUUACUACCAGGCAGGCCCUCCGGACUCGCUUUCCAAGGGUGGCCUCUUCUCGGCAAUACUACCCUUCCCUCAGGACUACUUCUCCAAUAGCCAUCCGGAUAUGGGCUUCGAGACACCUAUGUGGAGAAUGGACGAGUGUGCAUAUCAAUUUUACAUCCACCAGAGGCUGAUAUGUUUAAUGACAUCCACCGCAGAUGAACGAUGGAGGCAGAUCCUGAGCGUGGAGUCCAUUUCGGUUUCUGUGAUAUCUAUGUUGGCAUCCCCUAACUUGGACUCUCCUGCCGAUGUUGACGCCGCGGUGGAGUUCAAGAAAGAUUACCCAGCCUACAAGGAGAAAGUUCACAGACUGGUAUGGUAUCUUGAUGUCGCGCAUGUAAGAUUCAAAACAGUUUACUACAUGGGAGUAUCUGAGGAGGACUUGGACGAGUGGAUCGAGCUGUGCGAGGAUAAAUGUGAUCGUCUAGUCCUCCUGGCGAGCGUUAGAGGUCAGCGCAGUCGGCCUGGACUAAGCGAUUCGCUUCUUGCAGAAUGGGAGAGGUUAAAAAAGAGAGUCCAGGGGGAGGGUGGAGGUCCUGAGGAUCUUGAAACGGUCGAUUUGGAAAUGCUGGAGUUCUUCCUAGAGUCCAUACAUGGUCUCCACCAGUUGCCGGCUAGUGACUAUAGGAAACUGUGCUUGGCCUUUCAAGAUUGCUAUGAUCGACUUGUCGCUAGAGGUUGGUCAACCUCGUCUAUCUCCAGGAUGUACAGUUGCGGCUUGGAGUUGAGCAGUGUAUUGAUGUCUUUUAUCAAAGGGCAACUGAGGGAAGAUAUAGUUGAGGGUAGGGUGGAGGGGGUGGAAAGCCUCGAGAGGAAGCCGACGCAGAAAGGGUCGGGGCAGACCAAAGGACGAUAUUAUUCUCUCACAACGGAGAAGAUCGACUUUACGGGUAUGGAGAAUGUGGAUGAGUCGGAACAGUAUAGUUGGGAUUUGGUGCUCGAUGCGGAAUGGAUUGGAAACGAAGGCCGAUUUGCCAAUCAUGCCGAUGAUCCUAAUGCUAGUUUUGUAUUGAGGAAGAGUCGCGAUGUUUGUGAUGAUAACCCCAUGGCUGAGCAUGACAGUCUUCCUAUACAGUGUAUGAGCUUAGUAGCAACAAAGGCAAUAC